AUGACAGGAACACGCUUGGCGACGCUGGUUUCGGUGUUUCUAGUGAUUUUGCUCCUCUUAGAACCCGUUGCAAAGGGAGAACGGAAGCAAAGUGGACCUGAAAACCUUGUGAGACCCGAAACCAGGGAAGGGAGGCAGGGAGAACGGAAGCAAAGUGGACCUGAAAACCUUGUGAGACCCGAAACCAGGGAAGGGAGGCAGGGUGAACGGAAGCAAAGUGGACCUGAAAACCUUAUGAGACCCGAAACCAGGGAAGGGAGGCAGGGAGAACGGAAGCAAAGUGAACCUGAAAACCUUGUGAGACCCGAAACCAGGGAAGGGAGGCAGGGAGAACGGAAGCAAAGUGAACCUGAAAACCUUGUGAGACCCGAAACCAGGGAAGGGAGGCAGGGAGAACGGAAGCAAAGUGAACCUGAAAACCUUGUGAGACCCGAAAGCAGGGAAGGGAGGCAGGGUGAACGGAAGCAAAGUGGACCUGAAAACCUUGUGAGACCCGAAACCAGGGAAGGGAGGCAGAAGGGAGAGGCCAGGGUGCUUAUUCUUCACCCGAUCUACGCCGGCAGCCACGAACUUGGUCUGAGAAGGUUCGGGGAGGAGCUGAUGAGACGCGGCCACCAGGUAACGCAGGUGAGGUGGCGCAGCAGCAAGACCAGCCAGGUGACUUCGCCCGUCCAGGUGGUGACCCUCAGCCCUAAUAACAGUGAUCUCAGGUACCCCUACAUGCAUCGAGACGGGACCUUCCACCCCCCCACCGCCAUGCUGUGGGAGAGACCUCGGAGGCUGUGGCAGGUUCCCCUCAACGUGUUCUCCGUGGUGGGCGCACACUGCCUCACGCUGCUCGGUGACGCGGCGCUGUUCACACACCUCUACCAGGCUAACUUCACCGUGGCCCUCGUGGACGUGAUCGCCAACGAGUGCUCCCUGGCCCUAGCGCACCGCCUCGGCCUGCCCGUCGUCGCCUUCUGGGGUUUUUCCUUCCAGGGGGGCGAGGCGAAGGCUAUGGGUGUGUUUCAGUCCCCAGCGAUAGUCCCCGCGUUCAUGAGCGAUGUGGGGGCUGAGAUGGGCUUCCGGGAGAGGGUCUGGAAUACGUUGAUGAGCCUUGCCGAGUCAGCCCUCAUCGCCUACCACCUGUCCAACACUGAUUACUACAUCCAGCGCUUGGCUCCACACGUUCCCUUAAGCCACCAGCUACUGAGGGAGGUCGAGGCGGUGCUGGUCCACUCCCACUGGCUCCUAGACCACGCCAAGCUGAUGCCGCCCCACGUACAGUACUUGGGGUGCAUCCAGUGUGGGCCCCCUGCACCCCUGCCACACCCCCUGCAUGCAUGGAUGAACGGGUCAGGGGAAGCGGGGGUCAUUCUCUUCUCCCUGGGUUACACGGGGUUCGAGGCGUCAGCUGUGCCGGGCGAGGUCAUGGGUGCCUUCCUCAAUGCCUUCGCGCGUCUUCAGCAGCGGGUUCUCCUUCGCUUCAACCCCGCGCUGCUGCCCACGACGCCUGAUAAUGUGAUGGUGAUGGACUGGCUGCCCCAACAUGAUAUACUGGGCCACCCCAAAACCGUCCUCUUCGUCUCCCACUGCGGCCAGAGCGGCAUGAACGAGGCGGUCUACCACGGCGUCCCUCUGGUGGCCGUGCCGAUCUUUGCCGACCAGGGGGACAACGCGAGGAGGGUGGCGGAGCGGGGCCUGGGCGUGGCGGUGGACAAGACGGAGAUAUCGGAGGAGAGGAUCUACUCUGCCAUUACGACUGUCCUACGCGACCCUAAGUACCGCCAGACAGCCAGGAGAUUCUCACGACUCUGGAAAGACGAAGUGGAAGCGGGAGAGUCCGGACUGGAGGUGGCUGUGAGGUGGGUCGAGAAAGUCCACAACCAUGGCCGCCUCACUCACCUCCGUCUGCCCGGCGCCCACCUCUCCUUCCUCCAGUACUUCGCUAUCGACGUCGCGGCCCUGCUGGCGGUGGUGGUUCUUCUCCCUCUCUGUCUCGUCCAUCACUGUGUCUGUCGCCGCUGCUUCAAGAGAGAGUUAUUAGGUCCUUCUGGUAUGAGUUCGAAGCUGAAAGUCAACUAAGAGCCCAAGAUUAGAAGGUCGAAGAGAGGGAAGCGCAUUGAGGUCCUUAGCGUCUUUGGGUUCGGGGAGUUCGAAGGUAAAGUCAACUGCAAGAACUUCAAGAGAGAGUUAUUAAGUUCUUCUGGUAUGAGUUCGAAGCUGAAAGUCAACUAAGAGCCCCAAGAUUAGAAGGUCGAAGAGAGGGAAGCGCAUUGAGGUCCUUUGCGUCUUCGGGUACAACGAGUUCGAAGCUGAAAGUUAACUGAGGUCUUACUGGUGGUGGUGCUAGUGGUUCUUCUACCCCUGUGCCUCCUCUACCAGUGUCUCUGUCCCCGACGUUUCAAGUGAUUGCGUUGAGGUCAUUGGUGUCGGGUACGAGUUCGAAGCUCAAAGUCAACUAAGAGUCCAAAGAACAGUAAGUUAACGAGUGGUUGUUAUCUACGUGAAUGUUUACCCGUAUUCAAGUUGUUUGUUUACAUUAUACGUUUGUUUGUG